AUGGCAGAUAGCUGCACAGUCCUCGUCGAGAACCUGCCGGCGGACGCCUCGCGGGAGGACCUCUCCACCUACUUUGCCUUCCACGGCCACGUCGAGAAGGUCCUGCUAGACGGCACGACCGCACUAAUCACGUUUGAGAGCGGCGCGAGCGCCCGGUCGGCGCUGCUCUUUGACGGCGCCGAGUUCCACGGAUCGGCGAUCGCUGUCGCGCUGGAUGCGGCCUGCGUCGACCCGAUCCGCAGGACGCUGGCCGACGGCUCGGGCUCGCCCUCGGGCGGCUCCGGCGGAGGCUCCUCCUCGCCAGAUGAGUGCAGAGUCUCGCAAGACAGCGACGUCGCCGCCCAGACCGCGGCCGCCGCCGCCGCCGCCGCUGACGCAGACGCCACCGCCGCAGCCGUCGCCGCUGCCGCCGCCGCAGCCGCCACCGCCGCCGCCGCCGCCGCCGCCGCCAAGGCUCCCGUCACCUCCCCGAAGUGGGCAUGCCGCACCGCUGCGGCUGCCGGGGUGUCGGCGGGCAUCGACGGCACCGUGAGGCGCGCCAUCGACGGGUUUGCGGACGCCGUCGCAGAGGUCCCUCUCAACGAGGGCCGGGCGCUGCUCGGCUCGACGCUGGCGAUGAUGGCGCUGCUCGCCGUGGUGUGAGGCGGGGCAGUGGCGCGUCGCGUGCCCUCCUCGCCGCGGCGCUUAAGACGGGGCGGCGGUGCUGAUUUAUUGACUUCUGUCGGGGCGGAGACUAGGGCGGAGAGGCUGUCGGGGCGGAAAUCGCAUGCAGGCUUUUGUGGCGUUGUGCGGAGGUGCCGCUCAGAGGCGAAUAAUGUUGCGGUGUCGCGGCGGAUCGGUGACAUGUGUUGGUUGUGUGUGCGCGUCUAGCUGUGAUUCGAAGCGCAGGCGGGCGCCUC